AUGAAAAUUGUUAAAGCUCUCGCAUUUCUAGGUAUUGUCGGUACUGCCGCUGCCUUUAGCGUUUCCAUGAAUGGAAAUAACCAAAACAAGGCUGCUAUUGAUCGUCGUGGAUUCGUCGGCGUCUCUGUCGCUGGAGUCGCUGGAGUCGCUGCUGCUUCGACAUUCAAGGCAAACCCUGCCUUUGCCGAUGAAGAUCCUUAUGCUGACUUUAUCACUACCGAAAGUGGAAUGAAGUACAAGGUCACUAAGGAGGGAGACGGUGCUAUUCCUGUAGCUGGUCAGCAGGUGAAAACCCAAUAUACUGGUUGGUUGGAUGGAUUCGACUCCGUCAAGAAGUUUGAUUCGUCCAGAGACCGUGGCCGUCCAUUCAGCUUCAAGGUUGGAGCUGGUCAAGUUAUCAGAGGAUGGGAUGAAGCCUUCCUAGCCAUGAAGGUUGGAGAGCGUCGUCAAAUCGUUCUUCCACCCCGUCUUGCCUACGGUGAUCGCGGAGCCGGUGGUAUCAUACCAGGUGGUGCAACACUCUACUUUGAUGUUGAAUUAUUGGCGAUUCAGUAG